UUGUAUGAAAACCAAGAUUAUAACGAUGAAUACAAAUACGGAAAUGCCAGUACUAUACAUACGGAGGGAUGUCGCAUACCUUUCAUGAACGCAGUUGAAGAAUCUGUACGAGAAUUUAUCCCUCAAAACUAUCCGAAUGAUAUGGAACCCUGUAAAGGUAAUCCUUUAGUAGAAUCAAAUAAGACCCACAUUUGGAUACAAAAGAAAAAUAUAAAAUAUUAUAAAAUAGAAGAUUCAAACAACCUAGAAUGCUGUUACAAAUCGUUUUAUCGUCCAACCCAGAUAGAUGAUAUAACCGCCACCAAUAACGAUGAAAGAGUGAAAUAUAACAAAUGUAUAUAUUUUAAUGACACAAUAGAGGUUGCUCAUGAAUUUGUGAGAGUUAUGUGCGGAGAUAAUGAAACUGUAUUUGAUACUUUUAUAAUUUUUGCUCGCGAAAAAGAAGCAGGCAACGACUUUAAGGCUCAAAAAUAUUUACCUUACAACGUUCUAAUUUUAGGCAUAGAUUCUGUGUCAAGAUUAAAUUUCCACAGAACGAUGCCCAAGACUGCAGCUUAUAUGAAAUACAUGGAUGCCGUAGAAUUAUAUGGAUACAACAAAAUAGGAGACAACACAUUUCCCAAUUUGAUAGCUGUGCUACUUGGAAAGAAAGACACAGAGCUGGAAGACACGUGUCUUCCAAAUACGCGGGCUUUUUUUGACAACUGUCCCUUCAUCUGGGAGCGCUUCCAACGCGCUGGAUAUUCAACCGCGUUGGCAGAAGACAAUGCCUCCAUGGGCAUGUUUGACUUUGUGAAACGCGGCUUUGUGGGGUUCCCUACUGACUACUAUUUUCACACUUUCAUCCACCAAGCUGAACAUCACGCUGGCACAAAUAAAGAUAAUCACGCUUUCCUGUGCAUGAACGAAAAAUUCUUCUUCAAAAUUCUCCUGGACUAUGUGGAAGAUUUGGCAACAACUUUGAAGAACAAGCUAUUCGGAUUCUUUUGGGAAAUCACUAUGAGUCACGGUAGAUUAAACUAUCCAAUGGUCAUGGAUGAAAGUUAUGCCAAUUUCUUUACCAAAAUGCAUGAUUCUGGAUAUUUAAAUGAAACUAUUAUCUUCUUCAUGAGUGAUCAUGGUAUGCGCUGGGGUGCGUUUCGUCAAACCAGACAAGGAUAUUUAGAAGACAGACUGCCAUUUGUAUUUGCUUUAUUCCCGCCAUCAUUUCGUGAAAAUUACAACUUGGCUUAUGCGAAUCUAAAGUUGAAUAGCCGUCGUCUAACCACGCCUUUCGAUAUACAUUCUACAUUACUAGAUUUAACAGCUUUAGAUAAAAUUGAAAAUGAAAGAAUAAACUCUCGUAGCAACGAAAGUUAUUCCAAACAUCGUAACAUCAGUUUAUUUCUACCUGUCCCAAGUAACAGGACAUGUAAGUCAGCAGAUAUAGAUGACCACUGGUGCGCUUGUCACAGCAGAGUGGCUGCGUCUCGUGAAAGUUUGGAAGCAAAAGAAGCAGCUGAGUUUGUAGUGUCGCAUCUGAAUGAUAUUCUCAAGGAUUAUCCUCAAUGCGUUGAACUGAGGUUGUCUGAGGUGUUGAGCGUUACUGAGCUUCUGUUAUCAGGAAGCGAAGAUUCAAAAUGGCGUGAGUUGAGUGUUGUGGUGCGGACGUGGCCGGGGGGUGGUGUGUUUGAAGCGACGGUGGGGAGGGGGACAGGACGCUGGUCGCUGGCUGGCGCCGUCAGCCGACUCAACUUCUAUGGUGACCAGAGCCGCUGUGUGCCGCAUUAUCAACUGAAACUGUACUGCUUUUGCAGUUGAUU